AUGCCGGUGCUGACGUCGGACGACAUGUGUCCGGUGUGCAAGAUGAUCCGGUACCUCAACAAGGACAUGGAAUUCCUGAUCAACCCGGAGUGCUACCACUCCAUGUGCAGUAACUGCGUCAACCGGCUGUUCAACGACGGGCCGAACCAGUGCCCGUACGCGGGGUGCCACAAGACCUUGCGGCGCAAGGGCUUCCGGUCGGCCUUCUUCGGCGACCUGACGGUGGAGCGCGAGGUCGACAUCCGGCGGCGCGUGGCCGCCGUCUUCAACCGCGUUGAGGACGACUUCGAGACGCUGCGUGACUAUAACAACUACCUACAGAUGGUCGAGGACCUGACCUUCGACCUCGUGUCGGGCACCGACGCCCGCCGCCACGACGCCGAGGCCACGCUGCAGCAGUGGGAGGCGUCGCACAAGGCCGAGAUCGAGCGCAAUCGCAAGGCCGGCCGCGACGCCGACGAGAUGACGCGCCGCCGCGUCAACGCCGAGCGCGAAGCUGCCCGCCAGCGCCGCGUCGACGCCCUCCGCGAGGCUGAGGACGAGAAGGUCGAGCGCGCCCGCUCGCGCGAGGCCGAGCUCGACAGUCUCGCCCAGGGUGCUGCCCCCGGCGGUGGCGACGGCCAGCGCGUGCAACUCAAGAGGCCGGGGCCAGCAGCAGGAUCAUCACUAGCAUCAGCAUCAUUCUCAUCAGCGUCGGGUGCGCUGGCUGACGUCGGCCGGCUCUCGAUCCGCGGGCUCAAGGAGAAGCGCAAGCCGGCGGCGGCCGAGGGCCCGUACGACCCGUUUGGCGGCAUGGACUUUGUGCCGAGCCGGUACCGGGUGCGCGAGGGGCUCGACCACCCGUGGCUCAACAAGUACCGGCUGGACCGCAGCUACGCCACGGGUGGCUACACCUUCAACGAGUACACGCACCGCGCCAUGUUCGAGGCGUUUGCGGGCCUGGGCGUCUUUGUCGACGACGAGAAGGAGGUCGGCAUCGGCCUGUCGGCCCGCGAGGUCGCCACCAUUGGCGCCGGCAUCGCCGCCGUCGGCGACAGGAUGGAGCUAGAUUGA